AGGGUGUUUUUGUAGUGGAAAAUCAGUCAGACCUGAAUGUUGAUCAGAAAGGAACAACAGGGCAGGAGAAGAAUUCGAGUGAUCUGUUAAGCUUACUUUUUGAAACAGGAAGGGACACAGCCAUGAGUUCCUUGCCGGAAGCCAUGCGUUCCCUAACGCAGGUUUUCACUGGGAAACUGCAGGACUUUACUGAUGAGGUUGAAAAUGUUCACAUGUUGUGGCUGGAGGAGAUUCAGCAGGAGGCUCAGCGCAUGUUCUCCAGUGAUUUUAGCACAGAACCAGAGCUUAUGCCCAAAACUCCAUCACAGAAGAAGACAAGCCGCAGGAAACGGGUCUCUGUGGAGCUCAAUGAAAGUCGUAGCAAAAGACGUUUCUCUAAGGGAAAGCGCAGCAACUUGCGUCGUUCUUCGGUCCAGAAUACUCUAAAUUCAAUUUCGGAAUUGGUAGUUUCACAUGCCCCCAGUAGCAGCCCGGACACUGUGGCUGAGGAGCCUGUUCGCCGUACCAGGCGUAAUAAAGCUGCAGCAGCAGACAGUGAGCCUGUCAAACGUAGCACACGCAACAAAGCAGCUGGUAAAGCAAAGGAGCAGGCAGAGGUGAUGGAGGAGGAAGCAGUAGAAGUUGCAGCAGUGGCUGAUGCUCCUCAGCCACCUGAUGUCCCUGAAAAUGUUCUGGAAGUGAAGGAGUCAAACAGCUCUUCAUCUCCGGUGCAGACACUACUGUCCCAAGCUGUGGUGAAAAUCCCCUCAGCUGAGCGCCUGUCUGCUAAUAAACUGCUGGAGUCAGGGCCCUCUCCAGGCCGUUCUGCUAAUAAAAUUACCAUCGCAGCUGCCGGGGCUCAGGCCUCCUCACGGACCUCGGUCCGGCGUUCUCUGGUGCUGCGGCACUCUCUUGUGGGCCUCAGACACAGCAUGACACAGGAAGCAGUCCGCCGUGCCUCUCGACGCUCCUUCCUGAAGAAGAAAGCCAGACUGGGCAACUCCACGUGCAGCAGCUCCGUCAGUGGGGAUGUUUCUAUGGAUGUGGAAAUGGAGGAGAAUGAUGUAGUGAUGGAGAACGGGGUUAAACAAAUGCUUUCUGAGGAAGAGCUAGCAGAACCAGCAGCUGAAGUCCGUGCUGAAGCACAGAUAACCCAGCCUGGGGAUCCUGAGCCCAAGAAACCAGUAGAAGACAGAGCACUGAUGCCAAAUGAGGAGGAGAAGCCCUCAACUCCCACUGCUGAGGAAAAUUGUCGUUUCACACGAUCCAUGGCUCGGCUGUCGGAAUCAGAUUCCAGUGGGAAAAAGUCUCAGGACGAUGUACGGGCUUCUCGCUCCGGCUCCAAACGCCGUGCAGCAGAGUCAGCAGCAAUAGCACUCAGCACACCCAAGAAGAAGCACUCCCCUCCCAAGAAAUGCAUGACUAGCAUCACACCUAGCAUGCGCUUCCUUCAAACUGUCCAGAAGAACCAGCUGCUGAUGAUGACUCCAAGCUCACUGGGCCGCAGCUCCAUCAUGAAGAGCUUCAUCAAACAGACUGGAAAAACCGACAUCAAGUUGAGUACUGGCUCAGUGGAGCGGGAGCGGCAGAAGUGGGAUGCACUAAACAAAAAGAUUGAACAAGAAAAUGAAAGAAAGAAAAGGUUGGAAGAGGAAAGAAGAAAGAAACAAGAAGAGAUGAAAAAAAAACGAGAUGAGCGUUUAAAGCGAGUUGUGGAGGCCCGGGUCAAAGGAGAGAAGGAGAAGGAGCAGGAAAAGAAAAAGAAAAUUGAAGAGAAAAUGGCACAAAUAGAGAAGAAACAUGACCUGCUGCGUGUAGAGCGGCUAGCAGAGGAGAAAGCCAAGAAAAAGGUUGCAACCAAACGUCAAGAAGAACUGGAACUUCGUAGGAAACAAGAAGAAGCAGCCCGAAAAAAGAAGCUGCAGCAAGCUGAGGAUGAGGAGAGACGGCAUCAAGAGCUGUUGGCCAAGCGGAAGGCUGAAGAGGAACGAGAAAAGGCACGCAAACAAGCAGAGGCUGCCCGCGCCUUGGAGCUCAAGAAGGAGCAAGAGAGGGAACGAGAGCGGGAAAGGCAGGCUGCUGCUGAAAGGGAGAGAGUGGAGCGGGAGAAGGCCAUUGCUCUUCAGAAGGAGCUGGACAGAGCUGCUAAAGAGAAAGAAAGAAGAGAACUGGAGAAGAAGAGGGAAGAAGAGCAGAGGAGGGCUGAAGAGGAGAGGGCUGCCCAACAGAAACAUGCUGCUGCUGUGGCCCCUACAGUCAAUACUUCUGUUAUGAAAAUACCCAUUACCAAAGCUCUCAAUGCCACAAUUGCACCCAGUCCUGCACUAAAUGUUACUGUAGAUAUUGAGCACUCGGUCAUGAAGACCCCUGUCAGCAAAGGAGCAGCUGACAUGAUAGACAAGGGAGCAGGGCUGAAUGUCACUGUAGAUGUAGAACAAUCUCCUCAGUCCUACCAGAUUACACCUAAAGGGAAGAAGAUCGACGUUUUAGUGAAUCCAGAGGACUACGGGAUGGACCAGAACAGUGAUGACUCGACCGAUGAUGAAUCAGCACCCAGGAAACCCAUCCCUUCCUGGGCUGAGGGUAUGCAGCUUCAGCAGGCAAUCAUGAAGCGAUAUUAUGACCCACUAGAUCUGGACUCCUACUUUGGGGAAAUUGAACAGCCCAGGCUGGAGAAAAUAUUUCAAAAGACCAAACCACGUUUCUUCAAACGUACUAGCUCUGCUGUCUGGCACUCCCCUCCACGUAUGGGUAACAUGCCCAACUAGCAGAGAGAUGUCUUACUGUUGUCUUCUAUUUUACUUUUACCUUAUAUGUAAACACUUUGCAUUUGUUUUAUAUAAACCUCUGGAUUUCACUUUAAUAAAGCGCUAUAAAAAUGUA